GAGAAGCUAGGCAGAAAACGAGCAGCAAUCAAAAAGCCACCUGAUCCUGAAAAGAUGGAUGCACUUGCUCGACCGGAGAUGUUUGACUUCCAAGGAGUCUCAAUGACCAAUAUUUUCACUGACAACUGGGAGAACCUUCAAAAGUUUCAGGCCAGACCAGAUGAUAUUCUUAUUGCAACAUACCCCAAAGCAGGGACCACAUGGGUCUCCCAAAUCCUUGACCUGUUGUGGUUUGGUCAGACGGAGCGUCAGAAAACCUUGCCUAUCCAUGAAAGAGUGCCUUUCUUGGAGCUCCACAUCUUGCCUGACAUGUCAGGAACAAAGCAGGCAGACACUCUCCCCACUUCCCCUCGACUGAUUAAAACCCAUCUGCCAGUCCAGUUUGUGCCAAAGUCCUUUUGGGAGCAAAACUGCAGGGUUGUCUACGUCGCCCGCAAUGCAAAAGACAACAUGGUGUCUUAUUUCCACUUCAAUCGCAUGAACAAGCUGCAGCCACCUGCUGGAGACUGGGAUGACUUCUUCCAGCAAUUCAUGAAAGGAAAGAUGGUGUUUGGGCCCUGGUACGACCAUGUGAAUGGCUGGUGGAAGAAGAAGCAGACAUAUCCAAAAAUUCAUUACAUGUUCUAUGAAGAUAUGAUUGAGGACACUGGACGGGAAAUAGACAAUCUAUGCUCCUUUCUUGGUUUGUCUCCUUCAGCUGAAGAGAAGAAAAUGGUAUUAGGAGGAACGCAGUUUGACAGCAUGAAAAAGAAUCAGAUGGCCAACUACUCCACGAUCGCAGAAAUGGAUUUCACAAUUUCUCCCUUCAUGAGAAAAGGGAAGGUUGGUGACUGGAAGAACCACUUCACUGUGGCCCAGAAUGAAAAGUUUGAUGAAGACUACAAGCAAAAGAUGAAGGAUUCCACAAUUCAGUUCCGUACUGAAGUAUGAACAGGACCAGAUACACUGUCUGUAUGUAAAGACGAGUCCGUGACUGACUAGAAGUGGCAUUGCUGAAGAGAAGCAGAGGUAUUCAGGGAUUUAUUUCUAUUUUUGUAAUUUCAUAUGAAUUAAAGCUGAAAACUAUGUAUUAUGAAGCACAAAAAAAUCAAAGUGAAUAUUUCUGUCAAAAUAGAGAACAUAUGUCCUGUAACCUAAAUAAGCAAUGAUGCAAUAAACCAAAAAAAGCUUUAUGACUGUAAGCUAUGUUUACACUGAUACUCUUGGAUGAACAUAACUUUUGUAUGAGAGAUAAAUUGAAAGGAAUUCAGGUAUAUCCAUAUUUUUUCACAUCUUGUAUUUGUAAUAAAACAACAAGGGCUCA